CGCAUCCUGCCCGCCCCGGGGCACCCUCGGGGGCACCCCCGGGGGCACCGGGGGGUCCCGGGCAGGACGUGGGGGGCGGGAAGCAGCCGGCCCCCCCCCAUUCCCCAUUCCCCGGGGCGUGGGGUGCCCCCGGCCUCGUGACAGCGCGGCCUCAAUGCCGCCUUGUGCCCGCGCCGCCCGCGUGACGCCCGCGCCGCUGCCCCGUGGCACUGACGGGGCCCCGGCGCGGCCGUGUCCCCCGGCAGGGACCCCGCGGUGUCCCCAGCGCCGCCCCGGUGCCAUGGCCGCUGUCACCGUGCUGCUGGCGCUCGUCACCGCCGCCACCCGCGCCGCUGGCAGCCCGGGGGCAUCGUGGAGUGCUGUGCCCAGGAGGACCGUGCCCUACGAGGAGCUGCAGGACACUGCCAAGCGUUUCUCCCAGGGCGGGGUCUCUCACUACCUGACGCUGACGCUGGACGAGGCCGAGGCGCUGCUCUACGUGGGUGCCCGCGAGGCCGUGUUCGCCCUGGCCACGGGCACCGUGGAGCUCAAGGCGGCGAUCUCCUGGGAGGCGCCCGUGGAGAAGAAGGCGGAGUGCGUGCAGAAGGGCAAGAACAACCAGACCGACUGCUUCAACUACGUGCGCUUCCUGCAGAGCUACAACAGCUCCCACCUGUACGCCUGCGGCACCUACGCCUUCCAGCCCAAGUGCACCUACAUCGAGCUCUCCGGCUUCACCCUGGACCCGGUGGCAUUUGAGGACGGCAAAGGCAAAUGUCCCUACGACCCCACCAAGGGCCACACCGGCCUCAUCGUGGACGGGGAGCUCUACUCUGCCACCUUCAACAACUUCCUGGGCACGGAGCCCGUCAUCCUGCGCAACCUGGGCCCGCACUACUCCAUGAAGACGGAGUACCUGACCUCGUGGCUCAACGAGCCCCACUUCGUGGCGUCGGCCUUCGUGCCCGAGAGCGCGGGCAGCGGCGACGACGACAAGGUUUACUUCUUCUUCAGCGAGCGCGCCGUCGAGUACGACUGCUACGCCGAGCAGGUGGUGGCACGGGUGGCACGGGUCUGCAAGGGUGACGUGGGCGGCGCGCGCACGCUGCAGAAGAAGUGGACGUCGUUCCUGAAGGCGCGCCUGGUGUGCUCGGCGCCCGAGCAGCAGCUGCACUUCAACCGCCUGCAGGCCGUGUUCACGCUGCCCGGCGCCCGCUGGCAGGACACCGCCUUCUUCGGCGUCUUCCAGGCCCGCUGGGGUGACGUGGACGUGUCUGCCAUCUGCCGCUACCCCAUCCUGGAGGUGAAGAAGGCCUUCGAGGGGCCCUACAAGGAGUACCGGGAGCAGGCGCAGAAGUGGGGGCGCUACUCGGGCGUGGUGCCCACGCCCCGGCCCGGCGCGUGCAUCACGGACUGGCACCGGCAGAACGGCUUUGCCAGCUCGCUGGAGCUGCCCGACAACACGCUCAACUUCGCCAAGAAGCACCCGCUGAUGGACGAGCCGGUGCCGCCGCAGCGCGGGCGCCCGCUGCUGCUCAAGAGGGAUGCCAACUUCACCCAGCUGGUGGUGGACCGCGUGGCAGGGCUGGACGGGGCCACCUACGAGGUGCUCUUCAUUGGCACAGGUGACGGCUGGGUGCACAAGGCGCUGGAUUUGGGCACCCGCAUCCACCUGGUGGAGGAGCUGCAGGUGUUCGAGCCGGCCCAGCCCGUGGAGAGCCUGGUGCUGGCGGGCACCAAGAAGCUGCUGUUCGCCGGGUCCCGCUUGCAGGUGGCACAGCUGCCCCUGGCAGAGUGCGGGCGCUACCAGUCCUGCACCGACUGCGUGCUGGCACGGGACCCCUACUGCGCCUGGAGCCGCAACGGCAGCGCCUGCGUGCGCACCGACGGGCACAACGGCUCCCACCUGGUGCAGGACGUGCUGAGCUCCGAUACCGGCGCCUGCUCCGUGCCACAGGUGGCCAAGCAAGGCCCCCUGACCCCCAAGAACGUGACGGUGGUGGCGGGCACCGACCUGGUGCUGACGUGCCGCCUGGCCUCCAACCUGGCGCGCGCCCUCUGGACCUUCGAGGGCCGGGCGCUGGCGGCGCAGCAGGUGCUGGUGCUGGGCGAGGCGCGGCUGCGGGCGCUGGUGGUGCCUGGCGCGGGCGCCCAGCACAGCGGCACCUACCGCUGCCUGGCCGAGGAGCAGGGCGCCCGCCUGCCCGCCCAGGAGUACCGCGUGGCCGUGCUGGCCGGCCCGGGGGCGCCGCUGGAGACGCGGGCGCCGCUGGAGAGCCUGGGCGUGGUGUGGGUGCUGGCCGUGUGCCUGGGCGCCCUGUGCCUGCUGCUGCUGCUGGCCGUGCUGUCGCUGUGGCGCCGGCUGCGCCACGAGCUGGGCAAGGGCGCCAAGGCCAUCGAGAGCACGCUGGUGUACCCCAUCGAGCUGCCCAAGGAGCCGCCCAGCCCGCGCUUCGUGCCCAGCGCCGCCUCCGACUCGGACGAGAAGCUCUGGGACCCCUCCAGCUACUACUGCUCGGACGGCUCGCUGAAGAUCGUGCCGGGCCACGCCAGCACGGCGGGCACCGCCUGCUGCCGCAACGGCGGCGCCGCCUCGCCGCCCGCCGCCGUGCCCGGGCAGCCGCUGCACUCGCCCACCCGCAUCCACCUGGGCCCGCUGCGCGGCUCGGCCUCCAACGGCUACAUCCGCCUGGCGCUGGGCGCCGAGGAGCGCCCGGCCUGCGCCGACCUGGCCGAGGAGCUGCGGCGCAAGCUGCAGCAGCGCCAGCCCCUGCCCGACUCCAACCCCGAGGAGUCGUCGGUGUGAGCCGUGCCCGCCCCCGCCCCGCCAGCCGGCGCGGCACCGCGGGGCAGCGCGGCACCGCUGGCACCAGGAGCCGGCUGGGCAUGGCUGGUUGGCAUCAGCGCCCGGCUGGGGACGAGCGUCUGGCAUCAAAACCUGGCUGGGGAUGGACACCUGGCAUUGGAACCCAGCUGGAGAUGGGCACCUGGCACCAGAACCCAGCUGGGGAUGGAUGUGUGGCAUCAAAACCUGGCUGGGGACGGGCACCUGGCAUUGGAACCCAGCUGGGGACGGGUGUCUGGCACUGGCACCCGGCUGGGAAUGGACGCCUGGCACCAGGACCUGGCUCAGGACGGGCACCUGGCACCAGGAUCCAGCUGGGGAUGGACACCUGGCACUGGCACCCGCCCUGGGGACAGGAUUGCCACACUGGCACCUGCCCUGGUGACCCCAGUGCCCGGCUUGGGGCCAGCAGUGUCACCACAGGAUGUGCCCUGUGUCACCCCAGCGCCAGUGCCCACCGUGGGGACUGAUCCACGGGCACUGGUGCCACCUUGGGGACAGGAUUGUCACCCUGGCUCCCAGGAUUGUCACUGCCACCUGCCCUGGGCACAGGCCUGGCACCGCUGCCCGCCUUGGUGGCACCUCUGCCACCCUGGGGUGCUGGUGCCACCACCUUCGGUACGGUGUCCCCGUGGGGGGACAGAGCUGGGGACCCCCCGUGCCCACCUUGUGCCCGCUGCCCUCGGGACGAUUUUUUGGGCCGAUUUCGGGUUUUUCUCCCUGACAUUUUUCUAUCUCCCCCUCCCUCCGUGCCCCCCUGCCAGGGCUCUGUGCCCACCCUGCCCUGGCCUUGUCCCCUCCUGUCCCCACCCCUGCACGCCCCCCACCCCUUUUGUAUAAGCCCCCCCCAGUGUAAUUUAUUUGUUACCGAAAUUAUAUUUAUUUGCUGUAAAUACCUGAGUAUUUUUAUAUUCAUAAUAAAAGGACUUCCAGAAAAAA